AUGACGCUGCGAGUUUGUGCUGUAUACUUCCUAGUGGAACCUGCCAUAUCACACCAUGAGACACACGAGUCUCUACAGCGGCUUACUCUCGAAUGUCUUGAAGAAUGGUCGGAAGACCCAAAGUAUUAUCGCGGACAAGCUACUACCACUCCAGGAUGUCCAUCCUUUCCAUCGUCACAGUGGACCCUCCUUUUCGAGGGACGAGCACCAGAUCUUGACAAAGUUUUGUCAGGACACUAUUCCACAACAAUUGACCCAAAGCAGUCCCAAGUCCUUGGGAAAGGUUUCGAAAUUUCCCUUACUCAACCAACCACUACCCAUCAUAUCCCCUUGCCUUCAUUAUGCCUUGGAAGGAGGCAGAGCUCUGAGGAUAUAGGUGCUACAUUUUCCGAAUCUUUUGGGAUGUGCACUACAGCGUUCACUCCCAAAUCGUUGACUUCGAUCGAGCAUGCCGGCUCAAAGUCGAAGUGCGAAAGUACCUCCACUUCGAUGAAUUCCAGGAAUUCUGGAGUCUCGAAACCUCUCACCUCUCCUCCCUCGGUAUGGUGGCCUACCAACACCUCUCCUCCAACCCAUCUGACAAAGUUGCUGGGAAACCACAAAAUGGAGGACGAAAACCGGCACAUUAGCAUUCGUCCUCAAGGGGAGAGGUUUGAAACACUCCUUACUCUUGCUAAUCACCCUAAUCCUGCUUUCGUCAAAUCUGUAUGCCAAGGACUUUGCAAAGGGUUUUGGCCCUGGGCUGAUAUGCACUAUGGAGUUUAUCCAACAACUCUUGACAUUCCUUCACCUUCUCCGUCCUCGGACCAGGAAUGGAACUUCCUUCAGGAUCAAAUUGUCAAGGAGGAAUCAGUGGGAAGAUAUUCUCGCGACUUUGGGCCUGACCUAUUGCCAGGAAUGUAUAGCAUGCCUAUUCACGCUGUGCCAAAGGAGGGCGGCAAGUUUUGUCUUGUCAUGAACCACAGUACAGGUGACUUCUCACUUAACUCCAUGAUUUCAAAAGAAGACAUUGCUGGCAUUACUCUUGACAAUGUUCAAGAUCUUGGGGAUGCUCUUCAUCUUCAUCAUCAAUCUAACCCCCACAAUACUCUUCGCAUUUGGAAAGCUGACGUGUCUGAAGCAUAUCGGCAUAUGCCUAUGCACCCGCUAUGGCAAAUCAAACAAGUUGUUAUGUUCGAAGGUCAAAGGAGAAUUGAUCGCGCCAAUGUCUUUGGAGGGCGCGCGUCUCAACGCAUCUUUCACGCCUUCAUGUCCUUGGUUAUGUGGCUUGCGGUCUUUGUUAGGCUCAUACAAGCUUUCUUAUAUGUCGACGACUCCUUUUUCUUUUGCCAGAAUUGA